GCCCGCGAUGGGAAGUGCCUUAUAAAGCCGCAACUCGGCCGGGCCCGACCGACUCGCCGCCGCGCUUCCCCUGGAGUGCGCGCAGAGGCCGGGGGCUGACCCCAGACAGACCGGGGUUACGACGGACUCCGGCCCUUGACAGCCGCCAGACGGACCGCGGCUCCGGACAGACCUCGGACGGCCGGCGGACUCCGGCCCCAUCCCGGGUCCUAGCGGCCCACAGGCAGACCCCGGCCCCAUCCCAGCUCCGGACAGACAUCGGACGGACCCUGGCCCCGGAUAGACCUCAAUCCCGGGCAGACCGCAGGCACACGGCGGCCCGAUCCCGGCUCCGGAGACCUCGGACCGACCCCGGCCCGGCAGGCGGGCGGGCGGGCGGGGGCCGAGGGCGCCCCCGGAGGCGGGGGCAUGCGCGGCCCGCGGCAUGGCCUCGGCGGUGUUUGAGGGCACCUCGCUCGUGAACAUGUUCGUGCGCGGCUGCUGGGUGAACGGCAUCCGCAGGCUCAUCGUCAGCCGGCGCGGCGACGAGGAGGAGUUCUUCGAGAUCCGCACCGAGUGGUCGGACCGCAGCGUGCUCUACCUGCACCGCAGCUUCGCAGACCUGGGCCGCCUCUGGCAGCGCCUCCGCGACGCCUUCCCCGAGGACCGGCCCGAGCUAGCGCGCGCGCCGCUGCGGCAAGGACUGGUCGCCAUAAAGGAUGCGCAUGAUAUAGAGACCAGGCUCAAUGAAGUGGAGAAGUUGCUGAAAACCAUCAUAAGCAUGCCGUGCAAAUAUUCUAGGUCAGAAGUUGUGCUCACCUUCUUUGAAAGAUCUCCUUUGGAUCAGGUGUUAAAAAAUGACAAUGUCCAUAAAAUUCAACCCAGCUUUCAAAGCCCAGUGAAAAUAUCAGAAAUCAUGAGGUCCAAUGGAUUUUGCUUAGCAAAUACAGAAACAAUUGUUAUUGACCACAGUAUACCAAACGGAAAAGACCAACACCUGGGUGUGGAUCCCACAGAGCAUUUGUUUGAGAAUGGCAGUGAGUUUACCUCAGAGCUGGAGGAUGGCGAUGACCCAGCGGCUUAUGUCACCAACCUAUCCUAUUACCACCUGGUCCCCUUUGAGACGGACAUUUUGGACUGAGUCUCUAUUGGGCCCCCACUGCUCCCCAACCCUUGACUGCUGGUUCGGCACUAGCUGCAGUGGGCAGAGCUGCUGCCCCAGGCCUGGGCAAGGUGGUGCCUCUGUGGGGAUAGUGCCUGGGAGGCCCAGGUGUCCUGCCAGUGUAGCAGCAGGGUUUUCUGGAGUGAGGGCUGACUCGCAGGUCAGCCAGGUCACCAGAGUCCCGCACAGCCUGCUGCUUCUGAGGGCUCUUCUCUCUGCACCCGACACCACCAGCCUGUCUCUGCACCCCUGGGACUCGCUCCUCACCCUUGUGUGGGAGACCCACAAGUGCCUGCAGGACAUGUGGGUGCCAGGGUAGACACCCAGGGCCCGGCCAGGUUCCUCCUUUCUCCGUGACUGCUUCCUGGAGAGGAGCCUUCCUCUGGGUGCUGGGGGCCCAAGGCCACCCGGCCACCCUCACUCCCCACCAUUCCUUCAUACAACAAGUGCACAAAACAUUGCCUGUGAGAUUGUGUUGGGUUGCCAAGUUCUGGACGACAUACACGGGGAAUGUUAGGUAAUCCAGGAUUUCCCUGGGAACCAGGAUGUGUGGCUUUCAUUUCUGUUUUUCAUCUUCUAUCUGGAAACUGUGGGUUUUGUGUCAGCCAAAGGGGCUCUUCACAGAAGAGUCAUUGUGAAUGGCGCAUAUUGGCUGUGGAGACGGGAAGCCGUUGCUGAGCAGGUGCCCGUGAGCGGAUACUGAGAAGUGCUGAUUCUCCUCAAGAGGAAGAGAGUUCCUGCCUGGCCUGCCAGCGCCUCUUCAGCCCUGCAGUGUGGGGUAACAGUGCCGUAACCCCUGGACCGCGGACUGUGGGAGGUUCACCUCUCCUGCUGUAUACCAAGCUCUCAGUGAUGUCAUGCCAUAUUGACCUGCAAGGGGGGGAUCAACAGGAAAGCGCUAAGUCUCCCCUUUGCCCCUGGGUGGGCGGGUCUGGGUUCUGUGUGCUCCUCUCCUCAUGGUGUCUACUAACGACCAACAUUUGCUAAUGUAAAUACUAGUAAAUUAUUGAGAAUCCUAAUUCUUUUACACAGUCUGUUUUUUAAUCUAUUUUAAUUAAAUAAAGUGUAUUACUCUA